UUAGAACAAUGGAAGACUCCUUCUGCACUGAGCUCUCAUAGUUACUUUUCGUCGAGUUGGUUAUCAGCUUUCGUGAUACACUUCGAUUUACUAGUACAAUGUAACCACACAAACAAUCCAGUCCGAUGCGGGUGGAAAGCGCUUUUACAGCUGGAUGUUUAGAGAACACUCCCUCUUCUUCGUUUUCGCUUUCAUCGAAGGGGAAAGGCACGUAAACGAGUUCAUCUUCUUCAGAAUAAUGAGGGUAUUCCUGAACGAACAGAGGAGUCGUAAGCAAGACAUCAUUGAGUGCAACGAGUGCAUUAUAUGUGGACAUGUGUUGAGGUUCAUGAUUCGACGAUAUAACAAGUAGACGAGGUGCAUGGGAUAUGUUUGCAGGCAGUCUUGACAGCCUCGUACCUUUUGGAAUAUAGGCAGAGGCCGGGCCGCUGCCAGUCGCCUUAUAUAUGGCCAGCCGUAGCCAGGGCGAACAAGCCUCCGGAAUGGGAGGCCCAAUAA